AUGAAGUUCUCCCUCCUCGCCUGUAUGGCCAGCGUGCCAUUCGCCGCAGCACACUUCAAGCUCAUGUACCCUAAGUCCCGCGGCUUCAACACAGACACAAUGACCAACUUUCCCUGUGGUGGAAUGAGCCAGUCUUCAGACCGUACGAAACUCCCACUAUCUGGAGGCUCAUUCCCGGUCGCUCUCGAGAUGCACCACGCCACGACCGCAGUCGAGGUCCUCCUCGCUCUGGGCAACGAACCUAGUGACAACUUCAACUUCGUCCUCACGCCAACCUUCCAGGUUAAAGGCCUGGGCGAGUUCUGUCUGCCUCAUGUUGAGAUCAACGAGAAAAUGAUUGGCCGCAACCUCACCAACGGAAUGAAUGCUACUCUCCAGGUGCAAACCAACGGAGACCCGACUGGUGGUCUCUAUGCUUGUGCCGAUGUCCAGUUCUCUUCCGAUAUUACCUACGAGAAACCUCCAGCCUGCACCAACAACACGAACCUUGUCGCUACUGCUUUCCCCGAGGCCGCUGCUAAGCGCAAUGCCAAUGAGUCCACUGCUGAAGGCGACGCACAGAGUGGUGGUUCUUCCACAACUUCCACCUCCAAGGGCGCUGCGGCUCCAAUGCAAACUGCCGCUUGGGGUGUCCUUGGUGCUGCUGUUGCCGGUGGUCUUGCUAUUCUGUAA